CGAAUAUCAUUGUCCCUGAGAUCGUGUCGCCACUCGCGCUUGCAAUAUCUCAUCAGUGUCACUCAGUCUCCAAAGCGCCGCAAUGGCUCUCGCGUCAUUCAAAGUCGGCACCAAAGAGCUCUUCAUACCCGAUGUCAACAUCGCCCUCCUCCGCACUCCUGGUCUACCCGCCAACAACGCCAAAUUCAACGUUCCGCUCUGGUUCUCCAAACUCGACCUCCGAGACUACCUGUUCCACGUCUACAACGUCGAAGUCGUCUCAGUCCGCUCCUAUGUCAAACAGUCCCGCGUCUCACCUGGUCGUCCCGGCAUGGACCGCCCCUCAAUGUCAAGAUGGCAUCGUCCACGCCCGACGAAAUUCAUGACAGUCGAGCUGGUGAGACCUUUUGUCUGGCCAGAGGAACCGGAAGAUGGGUAUAAGGACUGGAAUCGAAAGGAGUUGGCUGAUAGUGAUGAGUGGCAGAAGGAGAUAAACGAACACCACGGGACUUUGAAGGAUACGAUUGUCAAUAAGGAGAGGAGGGAACGAAUGCGGGAACAGGCCAAGGCCUUGUUGGAAGGAAAGGCGAAGUGGAAGGCGCCCGAGGCGAAAAUUCUACAAGACUUUAGGCGAGAACAGUGAGUUGCGUGCGCUCUUGUCUGAUCUAUGGUUUCCAAGAGGCGUUCGUGAGCUGCGAUAGCGAGUUUUGCAAUCUUGGACCAGAAAUUUCGCAUAUCACGGCGAAAGACUACGAAUUGCUGUUCAACACUGGGACCAUGUGCGAAUUGGUGUUUCGGCGGGCAUGCUGCAAGCGCUUCCCAACUGCGGAAAUUGACGACGUGCAAAGAGUGCUGCCGCAAUACAAAAGUUACGGCUCCUGCGCAUCGUGAAUGGCUGUGAUUGCAAUUUGCCACCGCGUGGUGUUGACGUGGACGUGGAACACGACGAGUCACCGGGCAGCGCGAGUUGUCGAUCGAAUGCGCGCUCUCGUCAAACGCCUUGGGUGCGCCACUGAGCCAGAGAAAAUGCCGAUGGGUACUCUAGGUGAAGUCCACCUCCUAGCGAUUCCGCAUUCUGUUGGCCAUCAGUUCAUACUGCGGAAGUUCUCAACGAGGCAAGCAGUCCCGAAGAACAUAUUCCGCCACGAGGUCUCAGCCUAUGGAACCCCUCCUACCACUCGACGAGGAUCACCAAAGUUACUCAGGAUGGGUGGGUGGACAUCUCGACUGAUCAUCCCAAUCUCGCAGAAGAUAGAGUGCCAGUCCGUAGAGCCCGAUGAUUCUGGUCGCCAGGUGUUCACAUACCUAAUAUAUAUGAAUUUUCAGAAAACCGCGGCCGUACAGCGCAGCUAUGGAACGAUACUGUAAAACAAUUCCAAGUCACGCAGAAGAUGUGUUUUUUCGUCAUUGAAGCUUGUGCCGGAAUCCAUCACCACGACUGUACGACAUAAAGUUGCCUUAUAGCACAUACAUGUACCUAAGCCUCACUCAAUUUUGCUAACUC